AUGUUCCUACGCAGCAGUAGCUCACGGCUCUUCGGGUCGCUUCGCCGUCAAUCCCCGUCGCGUUUCCCUCAAGGACAGGACGACAUUGACGCUGUACUUGCUAAGCCGACAUGGUCCGUCCGCUCUCUGCUUCCCGACGAGGCCGCAAAGCCGCCCACGCCCUCAGUUACCCCCGAACAGCUUCGCCAUCUGCUUCGUUUGUCUGCACUGCCUCAACCCGCCAACGAGGAAGAGGAGAGGAAAAUGCUCGACAUGUUGGAGUCGCAAAUCCACUUUGUGAAGGAAAUCCAACGCGUGGACGCUAGCGAUGUUGAACCUCUGCAGAGCAUUCGUGAUGAGACCCCGGAAGCUGUGAAGGAGAACACAAUUGGAUUGGAACAACUCAGGGAAGCCUUGUCCAAGGAGCGGGUCGUCGGACGCAACAAGAAGAUUCAGCAGAAACAUGCUAGCAAGUUCGGCUCGGGCCAUGCCACUCCGCCGCCUGCUUCGUCCCCUAGCGACCGCGGAGCUGAUCUUACAACCAUUUUGGACCGCCCUCAACGCGCCGACUUGUCAGUGCUGGUGGCUGAGGCCAUCGAGCAGAUGCGCAGGGGUAUUGUUGCUGACUUUCAUACCGCCCCACCAGUCGCCCAAGAUAAUGCACAUGACUUUUCUGCGCAUGAAGAAGACGAGGAAGACACGGAUCCUUUGUUUGAUCCCCUCGAACAUCAGGUCGACGAAGGCUCGAACGAUCAUGCUCCUUCCGAGCUUAUGCCUUCAGCCAAGGACCUUCACUUAGAGACCAAAGCCCUGGCGAGCUUCGAUGACUGGAGGGACGCCGUUCUGCUCCGGAUUGGCGCAGUUGUGAACCGGGACGACGAGAAUCAGCAGGAACCCAGUGGUGGCAAUUCAUCGCAGAAGCUACCAGAACCUCGACUCGAGGAGGAUGAAAAGUCUUUGAUGAAACUGCGUGAGGUGUACCCUCCAGUGGAAACACCCCUCGCGCAGCUACCCAGAGCGAAGAAGCUGCUUAUUCUGCACUCUUUGCUACUCUUGCUUCUCAGUCUGGAACACUACAAUGCUCGCUCUCGGGUGCUGAUGCUGUAUGUAUCGUCUUCCUUGAGCAUUGAUGUCAAGAUCCUCAAUGGAGACGAGGUCAAGGUCGCGCGGGGCUUGCUCGACACAGCUCUUCAGCUUUCUCAGGCCGAGCCCAAAGAGCAGGGCAAGCACCGUGACUCGUCCAGGAAAUGGAAGGUUGGAAUAGCAUCUGUUGCUGGAGCCGCUUUGAUCGGCAUCACUGGCGGGCUUGCAGCACCUCUUGUUGCGGCUGGCCUUGGCACUGUCUUGGGCGGGCUCGGUCUCGGCGCCACAGCCGCCGCCGGUUACUUGGGUGCCCUAGCCGGCAGUGGAGUCAUUGUCGGGGGUCUCUUUGGUGCCUACGGGGGCCGUAUGACAGGUCGCAUGGUCGACAAAUACGCGCGAGAAGUGGACGACUUCGCCUUCUUGCCUAUCCGCGGCACCCAUCAAAGGUCGGAAGACGAGAGGGAGGCGGCCGAAAACGAUCACAUGUUACGAGUCACUAUCGGCAUUUCAGGUUGGGUCACGGAAGAAGACAACUACGUUGUCCCGUGGCGAGUGAUUGGCAGUGAGUCAGAGGUGUUUGGUCUACGUUGGGAAAGGGAGCCCCUGAUGAAACUUGGUAACGCUAUGAACUACCUCGUCACAAGUGCCGCUUGGGCCGCUGGCGGUCAGGUCUUAAAACGCACCAUCUUUGCCCAAAUCAUGAGCGCCGUCAUGCUACCCCUAGGUAUUCUCAAGGUUGCGCGGGUAGCCGACAACCCUUUUAGCGUGGCCAAGGCACGUGCAGACAAAGCCGGAGAGGCACUUGCGGAUGCCUUAAUCGAUAAAGUACAGGGUGAAAGAUCUGUCACGUUGAUCGGCUACUCGAUGGGUUCCAGGGUCAUCUUCUCUUGUCUACAGACGCUGGCAAAGCGGCAGGCAUUUGGCCUAGUGGAAUCGGCGGUUCUUAUGGGCUCACCCACCCCCUCCAACGCACCACACUGGCGCCGUCUACGCAGUGUCGUGAGCGGACGAUUGGUCAAUGUGUACUCUGAGAAUGACGCCGUUCUCGCACUACUCUAUCGGACCAGCAGUCUUCAACUCGGUGUUGCCGGCCUGCAGCCCGUUCAAGGCGUUUCUGGGGUCGAGAACGUGGACGCAAGCGAUUUCAUCAGCGGACACUUACGUUAUCAAUUCCUGGUCGGGCACAUUCUAAGCGUGGUGGGACUUGAGAGUAUCGACGCCGACGAAGUGGCUCGUGAGGAGGCUGCACUAGCCGCUAAGGAUCGGAAGCAGGAGGAGGAACGCAUGCAUAAUGAACGUGCGGCUGGUCUAGACGGCACUGACUCAGCGCGGCGGUUGUUGGAGCAAGGAAGCGCAGAGGGCGAGGAGAAGAUGCUUAAUGAGGUCGACCAGAAGACCAGAGAGGGGUUGGCUCAAGAUCGCGAUGUGCACCCUGUUCGGGCGAAAAGUCCAAUUGGCCCGUGAUAUGUUCGAUACUCUCAGGACUUUCGAGGUAAACUAUUCGAAACUCUUGGUAUAAUCAGCUGUCAUAGAAUCACAAGUCCACACCCCUUUCGAAAUACACUCCGUGUAUCAAAGCAAGGAAUAGCCGUGUUCCAGAGCAUAUUAGUGUUGUCAUGGGAGCCUGGCACCAGAUACACCCGUCGGUCCGGAUAAAACGCACUUUCUUCAGUCUAAGAUAUCAUGAGUACGUUGCUCAAUCGAUCAUGCAAGGGCGAUUCCGUGCAGUAGUAUAAGAUCUGGCCGCAGUGUUUCGAAGCGAUUUGGAUUGCGAUCGGCUCGGAAUGAUCUCC